CUUUAUCUCCCCGUCUCUGCUUCCCAAACGCAUUUCUUUGCUUUUCUCUUUAUUUUCCUCCUCGCCGUCGGCUUGCAGGCUUCGCCGCCGAUCUCCGUCGCCUGCGAGAAUGACGAAACUACCCUUGAUCCUCCUCCUCUCCCUCUCCAUUCUCUACCUCGCCGCCGGCGAGAUCAAAACCCUGAAGAUCACUUCAGAUUCCCGGCCGAUGAUUCUGUUCGAGCGGUUCGGGUUCACGCACUCGGGUCACGCCGCCAUAACCGUCUCGUCGGUGGCCGUGUUCUCCACGCUCGCCGCGCCGGAGCCGUCUCACCUCGGCUUCUUCCUCCUCUCCCAGGAAUCGCUAAUCCAGGUCCUGCUCGAGCUCCAGCAGAAUCCGCAGUUCUGCGUGCUCGAUUCCAAGUAUAUAAACCUUCUCUUCACUUUCCGUGAUCUCUCCCCGCCGCCUAUUUCCUCUUUUAACCACUCUUACCCUAUCACGGCUCCCAAUGAGUAUUCUCUCUUCUUCGCUAACUGUGCGCCGGAAUCUAAGGUUUCUAUGGAGGUCCGUACUGAGCUCUACAACCUCGACGGUAGGGUUAAGGACUAUCUCUCCGCUGGUCUCACUCAGAUCCCUGCUCUAUACUUCGUUUUCUCGCUAGUUUACUUCGGAUUUCUCGGUUUUUGGGUGUACAUCUGCUACACUAACAAGACUUCAGUCCACCGGAUCCAUCUCUUGAUGGCGGGAUUACUCAUCAUGAAGGCCUUGAACUUAAUCUGCGCCGCGGAGGACAAGCAUUACGUGAAGGUGAGCGGAACGGCUCACGGAUGGGAUGUAUUGUUCUACAUUUUCCAGUUCAUUCGCGUGGUCUUGCUCUUCACGGUUAUUAUCCUGAUCGGAACUGGCUGGUCGUUCCUGAAGCCGUUCCUGCAGGAGAGGGAGAAGAAGGUGUUGAUGAUAGUGAUUCCCCUCCAGGUUUUGGCCAAUGUGGCCUCUGUGGUGAUUGGGGAAACCGGGCCUUUCAUCAAGGACUGGGUUACAUGGAACCAGGUGUUUUUGAUUGUGGAUAUUGUGUGCUGCUGCGCAAUUAUCUUCCCCAUUGUGUGGUCGAUUCGGGGCCUGAGGGAAACAUCCAAGACUGAUGGGAAGGCUGCCAGGAACUUAGCGAAAUUGACUCUUUUCAGGCAGUUCUAUAUUGUUGUGAUUGGGUAUCUCUAUUUCACUAGGAUUGUGGUGUUUGCCCUAAGGACCAUUGCUGCUUACAAGUACCAGUGGGUGGCGAAUGCUGCAGAGGAGAUUGCGAAUCUCGCGUUCUACAUUACAAUGUUUUAUAUGUUUAUGCCGGUUGAAAAGAAUCAGUACUUUGCUCUUGAUGACGAGGAGGAGGAGGCUGCGGAGCUGGCUCUUCGCGAUGAGGAAUUCGAGCUUUGAAGGUUUGGAAUAGCUAGCCAUGGCUAAUCUCAUUUUGCACUUGUUUGUGGCUCUCAACCCUGCAAUUGUGAGUUGCUCUGUGAGGUGGUAGCUAGAUUUGCUGUGUUGAAUACUUGAAUUCCAAUUGUCUAUUUUACCAUCUGUUUUUAUUUUUUACCCUUGUUGCCUAUCUUUUUUUUUUUUUUUUUUCUGAUUAUAAUAGCUGUGAAGUUAAGGAACAACACCCAGUUUUCAAACUAUGACAUUAUUCUCAUGUACUCAAAUUGGUUAUGGAAAACCUCACUGUUAUGAAAUGGUAGUGCCUUGUCUUGACUCU